AUGAGAUAUCACAAUUGUUUCUCCCCUACAGGGGAUGAUACGCUCGGAAAGGGGUGGGUAACCUUUCAGGUCUACUCUUUCUCUUGCUCCAAAUCGAUCAGCAAACAAAACCUUCAAAGCUCAGAGCUGCGUGAUCUUUGUCGAUGGUCUUCAGGAGCAGAUGCGGAGGUAGUUCUGGAAGACAGUGAUAUCUCCAAGGCCAUCAUCGACUACAUCAACGCAAACUACGUCCACGACAUCGUUGUUGGUGCCUCCAGCAGAAAUGCACUGACGAAGUAUCUACGUUUCUCCGAAGCCUCUGCAAUGCAAACCUUAGUUUUGUGCAGUGUAUGCCGUAUCGAAAGGGAAGCCGACAACCGUGAGGACGGCGAUAACUCCACCUACUACCGCUGUUCUUCCUCCGCAGUUGCUACUGAGAUCGCCACCGCUCUGCUCUUUCUGCACCAGGCCAAGCCAGAGCCGCUGGUUCAUCGGGACCUCAAGCCGGCCAACAUCCUCCUCGACCGCAACUACUUGAGAAAGAUGAGCAACGUCGGCCUGGCGCGCCUGGUCCCACCGUCGGUCGCCAACCAAGUCAGCCGGUACCUGAUGAUAUCCACCGUCGGCACCUUUUGCUACAUCAACCCGGAGUACCAGCAGACGGGCAUGCUCGGCACCAAAUCCGACAUAUACUCAUUCGGCAUCCUGCUUCUCCAGAUCAUCACCGCCAAGCCGCCGAUGGGCCUCACGCAUCCGGUGGAGAGAGCCAUCGAGAGGGGAACCAUCAUGGAGAUGCUCGACGCCACCGUGAAGGACUGGCCAGUGGAGGAGACGCUCGGGUUCGCCAAGCUCGCUCUGAAGUGCGCAGAACCGAGGAGGAAGGACCGGCCGGAUCUUGGGAUGGUGGUGCUGCCGGAGUUGAACCGGCUGAGGAAUCUUGGGCAUGCUUAUGAAUCUAGCUCCAUCGGCAGCGACGGCACUGCCACCAGCAGAAGCAGCUACAGCAGCAACGGGCAACACAUUUACGGCGAGCCAGAUCUCUCGUCAAUCCGUUUUCCUAGGCAUCACCAUUACAAAUGCCACGCUUAGCUGAAGCUUCACAUCAGAUGCUAAUGGAAGUUCGUGCUGGUUUCUGCUGACCACGAGAUGACGAUGAGCAACCCAAACGUGGGGACGCCACGGAAGUCUAUGACGGACACAGUGGAGAGCUGAGGGA